UACUUUUUAUCUCUAUCCACUUGUACCUACCCGCUCAUCAUGAACAAAAUCCUCAGCAGCACCAAGAAUCGCCUGAUGCUCAGUCUCAGCUACCAAAAAUUCACGUCGCUGCCAAACAGUCCACCGACGCUGGAUAUGGAUCCCGGAGUCUGGAGCCGGUUGCCGCCGGAGAUUCUGGAGCAUAUUCUCUCUUUCUUGCCGUUGAAGACAGUGAUGCUUCUCAGAUCAACUUGUAAGCUCUUCAAGUCUCUGAUAUACUCUCCGUCUUUCGUCUCCAAACAUUCAUCUACUCCUUCUCCUUUCUCCUCCUUCAUCUUGUUAUCUCAUGCUCAGUGCCAUAACCAUUUUCCUCUCUAUGAUUCUGUCGCCGGCGCCUGGAGAGAUCCGGCUAUUCUCCACUCAUUAUUUGUCCCCUCCUUCGAGCCGUUUAAUCUCCUCUCAUCCUCUAACGGACUCUUCUGCAUUUCUCUCCCUAGUUCGUCUUCUCUCGUUGUAAGCAAUCUCCUCUCGAGAUCUUCGAGGAUCAUUGAAUUUCCAUCUUAUCCGUUUGCGUUCGAGAUUGUCACUCUGGUUUCGACACCAGUAGGAUACAAAAUCUUCAUGCUCUGCUCAGAGUUCCCUUCCAAUUACGCUUUCGUGUACGAUUCAAGCACUUAUUCCUGGACCAGAUUCAAUUGUUCGGAGCCAAUCUUAUGCGGAAACAAUUACCAGCCAUGUGUUUGUUAUAAUGACUCUCUGUAUUUCACCACGGAGGAGCCUUUCUCGAUUGUUUGCUUCAAUCUGGAGAGCGGGAAAUGGUACAGACCGAGAAUCGAAUUGCCAGGGGAGCUUAUGUUUGGGAAAUUGGUGACCGGCGGAGAGAGGAAAGUGUACUUGGUGGGUGGAGAAGGGAGGAAUGGGAUUUCGAGGAGCGUGAAAGUGUGGGAGUUGAAUGAAGGAGGGAUGAAUUUUGUGGAGAUCGAAAGGAUGCCAGCGCUGAUGUGCAGGAAAUUCAUGGCGGUUUGUUAUCAUAAUUACGGACAUGUAUAUUGUUUUUGGCACGAGGGGAUGAUCUGCAUUUGCUGCUAUACAUGGCCAGAUAUCUUGUACUACGAGGUUGCAAUGAGAAGAUGGCAUUGGCUCCCUAGGUGUCCGUCACUGCCCUACAAAUGGAGCUGUGGCUUUAGGUGGUUUUCCUUUGUGCCUAAUCUAUAUGCUUUGGCAUGGAAUCCAUUUUGUGGGAAGUCAAUGAUAACCGUAGACCAUGCGCAGGUAAUGUUACAACUUAAAACUCCAAUAGUAACCAAGAUUUAUUACUUACAGAAUCUACAAAUCUAAUCUAUAAAGCUAAAUUGUAAUGCUUAUCGCAUAUAAGUCAUCCUAUCAUUUAUUAUUAAAAUGGUAAAGUACCAGUUUCGCACUUGUGAUUUCAGCUUACUGCAGUUUAAUCAUGGUGAAUUUUUUUAUGCCAACUUAGAAUCAUGAGGUUUUUUUGUCAGUUUAGAGAAGCUUGUUUCCAGAGACAAUCUGCAUAUUCCUAGGCUUCUAAACAAGUACCUACAAUUAGAGAGAAAGAAGGAAGUAACAAAAUAAUAGCCUGAAAAACUAAUAAGGUCAUGUAAAAUACCCCAAAAAAUUCAAAUCAUGAACCCCUGAAUUUAAAGAGAGAGAAGAGAGAGAGAGAGAGACCACGACAAUAAAAUUGCCAGAAAGCCAAACCACAAAGGGUAGAACUUCAAAUUACCCUAAUUAAAGUGCGCAUAGCUUAUU